AUGGGAGUAGGUGCAAUCCUACGGGAGUCGGUGCAACCUUAUUGCAACCCUAUUAGGGAAGGUGCAACCCUACAGAGCGAGGUGUGGUCUUACGGGGGGUGCGUGCAACCUUACAGGGGUAGAUGUAACUUUCUGGCGGCAACUGCAACCCCAUGGGGGCAACUGCAGCCCUACUGGGGAGCUGGUGACCUGAGCGGGGAUGCUAUGGGCUAUGUGACAGGCGUGCUGGCCGUGCUGAUACACGCUGCCUACCUGGUGCUCAUUCAGAAGACCAGUGUAGAUAGUGAAUACGGACCCCUGACAGCUCAGUACGCCAUCGCUGUUUCGGCCACCCCUUUUCUCAUCAUCUGCUCCUUUGCCAGCAUGGAUUCCAUCAACGUCUGGUCAUUCCCGGGGUGGAAGGACCCCGCCAUGGUAUGCAUCUUUGUCGCUUGCGUCCUGAUUAGCUGUGCCAUGAACUUUACCACCCUUCACUGCACUUACAUUAACUCGGCUGUGACCACCAGCUUCGUGGGGGUGGUGAAGAGCAUAGCAACCAUCACAGUGGGCAUGGUGGCAUUCAAUGAUGUGGAGCCCACAAAGUUAUUUAUAGCCGGUGUCGUGGUCAACACCUUGGGGUCUGUCAUUUACUGCGUGGCCAAGUACAUUGAGACCAGACGGCAGAGCAAUUACGAGGACCUGGAGAAAGAAGCUAGAGAAGAGGAGGAGAAAAGGCAGGCUGGGGACCAAGCACUGUUCGUGAUGGAGGAGAUUUCCCAGGAGGAGGGGGCUGGGGAAGCAGCAGUGGAAGAAUCGGCCACAGGGAACAGCCAGAGCAGAGAGGAGGAGAGGGACGGCACUGAGAAACCUGCCAAGGGACCGGCGGUCCAGGGAAAAGCCACCGGCACACAAGAAGUGAACAGGAGCUUGCUGAAGGAUGCCUAUCUCGGAGUAUGGAGGUUGGUGAGGGGUGCUAAUUAUAUAAAGAAGGAUUAUUUGAUAGAAAAUGAAGAGCUACCAAACCCUUAA